CCUACAAUUUCAUACCCCAUCUUCUCUCUGCCACUGUUUAAUGAGUAUACCAUCAUCAAAUCUAAUGGAGGAUCCAGUGAAACCAAGCAAACACAGAAACCAUCAAAAGGCAAAAGGGAUAUCAUUUUUUGCCUUCGUUUCCUCUAUUCUGAUUUACGUCUCUAUUUCCUACGACAUCUUCAACCUUUUUGCUGCUUCACCUCUUUUAAGUGAUACCAAGCUCUGGUUUCUCAUUUCCAACACCCUCAUCCUUAUCAUCGCCGCUGAUUACGGUGCUUUCUCUUCCUCCAAACACCAAAAACUCAACCUUUACGACGAAUAUUACCACGCCAUGCGUAGCCAAGCCAGGAAGGGCUGGACUUCCACUGAUCCACAACAAUACCCCGAUUUCACUGCAAAUAACACCAUUCCCAUGGAAGAAAACAUUUUCAAAGACAAUGAAGAAAUCCCGGAAAAAAUAUUACAAGUAGUCGAAAUCCAUGAACCUGAUCAAAGACCCAAAGAGCAUGAACUGAACGAGUUGGCAGCAGAAGCAUUCUCGACCAUGUCGGAUGAGGAACUAAACAGGAGAGUUGAAGAGUUCAUUGAGAAGUUCAACAGGGAGAUUAGGCUUCAAGCUACUGCUAGGAACCGCCAAUUUUUGGAAUAGGGAGUAUAGGAAAGGAGAUAAUACUGACAAUUAUUUUGUGUCCCCUUUCUUUAGUUUUUGCUUUCCAAUUGAGGGUCCUUGAAUCUUCCCACUUUGUUAUAUUCCCUUAGAAAUGUAGCAGUGUACAUGAUUUGGCCAUAUAAAAGCACUUAUCUUUUUCCA